GGAGGAAAGCCUUUCUUUGAGUUCGUUGUAGUUGGGGUUGUGAGAGAGAGUACAGUUAGCUAUUAAAAUGCCUGAGCCGGCGAAAUCUGCUCCGGCUCCCAAGAAGGGUUCUAAGAAGGCCGUGACCAAGACCCAGAAGAAGGGGGAUAAGAAACGUAGAAAAACAAGGAAGGAAAGUUAUUCAAUUUACGUGUACAAGGUAUUGAAGCAAGUUCAUCCGGACACCGGCAUUUCUUCUAAAGCCAUGGGGAUUAUGAACUCCUUUGUAAAUGACAUUUUUGAACGUAUUGCUGGGGAAGCGUCUCGUCUGGCGCAUUACAACAAGCGCUCGACCAUCACUUCUCGGGAGAUCCAGACCGCUGUGCGCCUUCUGCUCCCCGGGGAGUUAGCCAAACACGCGGUGUCUGAGGGUACAAAGGCUGUUACCAAGUACACCAGUUCUAAGUAAAGAUCUAUGGAACGAAUGCUAACAUCUGUAACCCAAAGGCUCUUUUCAGAGCCGCCCACCUAUUCUGUAAAAGAGCUUUAACACUAAACCAUGCAUGGUGUUGUUUUGACACACAUACUCUAUUCUGUAUUUUUAGUAUGGGUGUUAGUUAUUGAUUGAUGCUGGAAAUGUAUUUGCCCUAUUGAGGAACCAAAAGCCACAUAAAUACAAGAAGUAAAAUUGAAGUUUACUGUAUACGAAUACUCAAAUGAUGAAAGUAAAAGUGUUAUAUAUAUAUCCUUUGUUACUGUUUUAUCUUCCAGCUGAGUGUGUGCAUUCAGUAUCCAUAUAAAUGCUCCUUACUACUUUUCUGUCGGUUUUGCGUUGAUUAACUCAAUGUUUGCCUGACCAAGGACUUCCCAUAAAUGAAAAUUAACUCAAAACUUUUGAUGAACUAUUGCGUGGCACUUGAAAUACUUUUUAGCUGGCAAGGUUUGCAUCAAUAUCAAAGAAAUUAUGUAAUCCCAAACAGUAAACCUAGGAUACAUUUAUAUUGUGAAAUAAGAAAAAUACGAGGAAACAGUUUAUGGAAGUAUUGUAAAUGAAUCCAGGUACAUUCUCCAUCUGUCCUUAAUCUACACGUUAAAUAUAAAGAGAAGAAUUGGUGGGUUCUGGAUUACAUACCCAAUCAAUCCGAGGGGAAAGGAGUUGUUAGCUCACUCUCCCCUUUAAAUCAUUCCGAAUUAAUACAAGAAUGGAAAUAUGAAUACAUAAAAAAAAAAAAAAAACCUGGUCUACCUCCAUGCCUGUUCUCUGGGACUAGUGUUCAGAAGUCAUAAAUGGGUCAGUCUGAACAUGAAACAGUGAGACAAGUACAAUAUUUAUAUACUGUGUGAUAGAGAAAAGAAAAAAUAGAUUUCAGUAAUCGGGCAAUAACUAUGUAGUUGGGAUAGGAAAUGCAGUUUUGUAGCCGUGUCUGUCCCAGGAUAUUAGCGACAAGGUGGGUCAGACAUCUUAUGUUGUAUCAAGUUCUACUGGUGAGAGAGACAAGUUUAAAGAUAUUCUCACCCACCUUCCUUGUCUCUAGUAGUUGGUGGAAAGUAUUUGAAAGACGGAUGCUUUAGGGGGAUGGGGUUGGAAAUAGGAAAAUCAGGAUCCUUCAGGGAGCGAGCAUUUAAAGGAUCGGGGGUCAUUGGUGACGAGUUUUUGUGAUCAAUCAAAUCAGAGAAAGGGAAGGGCGCUCUUCUCUGAGCGCGCGGGGUUUUCAAAAAUUUGGAUGUAUCCAAUAAGAUUUAGCCAUAUAUGAACUAUCAGCCAAUAAAGGAGGAGAUAGCCAAACAGGACGGAGAAAGUUCGUAGUUUUCGGUUUCUUAUUUUGUCAGUAUUGGUCGAAAUGGUUAGAACGAAACACUAGUCUAGAAAUCUACAGGGAGCCAAGGACCCCACCCCUAACCAGCUGACUCAUAGGUACCUAGAACAGCGCCACCGUAAGGGGGUUUUAUCGAUAGCUGCCCGGCGCUACAACCGUCUUCACUGUCUAUAAUCUUUUUUAAUUAAAACUGCCCAGGAAGCCGUUCCCAAGGGUACACCAAAAAGCGCGAGCAUUAAAUACACUCCCUGUACCCAACCUAUGU